AUGGGUCUCCCAGAAGCUCCCGAAAGCAAAGACGGCGAAAUCGCGACGACAAUAUUGAAAUCUGAUGAGACACUUGAAAAUGGGUUUUGCGCCAAUGUUAGACUUGAUCCAGAUGGUCAACCUCUCUUUCCAAUUCCUACCAGCGAUGAAAUGGACCCGUUGAAUUGGAGUGCCUUCCGGAAAUAUAUUUGUAUUGGCAUUGUAGUCUAUAGUUAUUUCAUGUUGACGUACUUCACGACUGCUCCGAUUCCCUCAUUCGCCUUCCUUGAGGAGCAGCUCAACAUCACUUACUCGCAGGUAUCCUGGACAUUUGCAAUCCCAUGCCUUGGUCUUGCUGUCGGGCCACUUCUAGUAGGCGCAUUAGCAGACACAUAUGGAAGGCGACCGGUACUGAUAGUGAGCACGGCUUUGGCUGUCGUUGCCAGCGGGUGUACUUCUAUCAAGACGAUCAAUUUUGGAGGUUACAUGGUGGCGAGAUUCUUCCAAGGAGUUGGGGCAGGUCCAUCUGCUAAUAUCGGACUGGUUAUCAUCAAUGAUGUAUCUUGGCAGCAUGAAAGGGGUAAGCGAGUUGGAAUUUGGACGAUUGCUGCCAAUUGUGGAACCGUCAUAGGAGGUGUCAUUGGUGGACUUCUGGCAACUUCAGGCGAAUGGGUUGCUUAUCACGUCACAAUUCUUUUUGCAGUUCUCUUCCUCACACAGUGUUUCUUCCUACCGGAGACCCUAUAUCCACGGGAAGCAGUCAUUCUUUCUGAAAGUGGACAGCUGCAGUCACGCCCUCUUGAUAUCCCUAAGACGCUACAACUUGGCUAUCUGAAUGUAAAGAAAGUUCCGGGUGUUCCACACCCGAAGCCAUGGAUGACCACUGUGCAAUUUAUUCGCCUUUUCAAUUAUCCUACAAUUGUCAUCAGUGUUAUGUCGUAUUGCUUCUUCCAAUACUGGUGGGUUACCAGUGUUACGAGUCUCGUUCCUGAUGCGUAUGCUACUGAUGCACCAAACAUCCAAGGUGCUAAGCUAGUCGGACUUCUUGUUGGCCUUCUAGCAGCUGAAGUCUUAUGCUCCGGAGCUCUUAGCGAUAAGAUUAUGGUGAUAUUAACACGAAAGAAUAAUGGCAAAAGAGUUCCAGAGAUGAGGCUUUAUCUAGGGUUUCCAGCUGCUAUCAUUUCUUCGAUCGGAUUGGUCCUUUGGGGCUUAUCUGUGGAUGGCAAUUGGCAUUGGAUGACUGGACAGGUUGCCUUCUUUCUCUAUGCACUGGGACUUCAAAUGGGGAACACUAUACUAUCGGCAUAUAUUGUGGAUAACUAUCCUGAAUACGCUAAUGAGGUCAUCACUUUCUACUCCGUGAUCAUCAAUAUGUCAGCGUUCAUCAAUCCAUGGUUUAUCUUCUACUGGAUUGAAGCUUCAGGAUAUACCUGGACCUUCGCCGCUCAAUGUAUUAUUUGUACCUUUGGCGUCAUUCCUGCCUAUAUGAUUUUGCAAAGGUUUGGGCCUAGGCUGCGUAAGCCAAUGUAUAUCAAGCAUCUUGAGGGCUUUUAG